AUUAAUACUUCUUUCAUAUCACAAAUAAUUACCACACGAUCCAUGUAUUGCAAUACUGUAGUGUAACUUUUGACCAGUAUAUUAAUAAUGGUAAUGUUGAGUUAACACAUUUUAGGGGCCUGAAAUCUCUCCAGACCUAGAGCAUUAUUUUUAUUGAAUAUCAAAGGAGUACAAAUGCAUCUGCAUCACGAGCAGGGGUCAAAGGUUUAUGUUUGUACUUGUACACACAUGUAGCUCCUGCGCAGGACAAAGGGCAGUGGCUGGUUGAAUGGAUCUAGUGAUAGGAUCAAAUGGCACCUUUUGAGACAAAUGUUAUCUGAAAGGGUGCACACUGUAUACUCAUGGGCAAUUUCUGAGGAGCAGCACAAGAGGGAAUGACGAACACAAUGCUCAGAAUAGCAAUUAAUGAGAGGGAGGGGGUUGACAAAUAGAAACGAAUAGAGUAAAAAUGAGCACAGCGACAAAAGAUGUGCUGGUGCAGUAUAAAUACCUCAGAGCAGGGAGAGAAAGUGCACCAGGAACCGGAGAGGAGACGGAGCGCAUCAGAGGAAGAACACAAGAACAUCAACUUAGGGAAAACUGCAUAGUAGAAAUGGCAAACGCAGCAGGAAAAGUGCACAUAGCUUUACUCUUGUUCCUGAGUGCCAGUGUCCCAUGUUGUUCUGUGUACAACAGCGGGGAGUGCUUCUUCAACACCAAAGGAAGCUGUGUGUAUAUGGGGCAGGUGUAUGGGAUUGGAGAGAGCUGGACAACCAGUGACUGUUUUCAGUGUGUCUGCAUGGAGCCUUUUGGAGUGGGAUGUUGUGAUCAUGGAUCUAAACCUGUGGACUAUCCAGACUGGUGUGAGAUCAUCCGUAAACCUGACUCCUGCACUAGUGUUGCAGUGAUGAGAGCCAAUCACAAACUUCCAUGUCUGUGGGGACGAGGACGUCUCAGAGCAGCUGCAGGCCAACCAUGGAAAUCUGACAACAACCCUUUAUUUUGAGUUUAUCAGUGGAUGCAAAAACACAUAUCACGUGUGAUGUUUACAUUGAUUUCAGUUAAUACGUUCGCUAGAUUUUAUUGAAUUUUAUUAACAAAUAUUCACAACACACUGUUUGUUAUUUAUUUAGAUUUAGAUGAGAUGGCUGGCUCAUGUAUGGUUCAUUAUUUAAAAUUCAGAAAAAUUAUAUAUAUAUAUAAUUUCUAGUAUUGUCAUAUAUUACUUUCCAUUUUUCUGAACAAAUAUAUUUAUAAUAAUGCAGCAUGGUACUUACUUUCUUAUGGUGUAUUUAUGAAAAAAGUUGUGUGUCUGUUACAUAGAAGAUGUGUCUCUCUGACUGGCAUUCACAGCAGUAUGACCUGAAGAGAGAAAAGUGAUUCAUAUGACAUCCCACCAUUGCUAAAAAAAUAUAUUAAUUGGAUUCAGAUUUACUUAGUCCAAUUUGGUCCAAUUUUUUGUUCUGUUUUUAUUUUUAUCUAAAUAUUUACCUGAUGUAUUCUGACACUUUUCAAUUUACUACUAUUUGUUCGCAUGUUUGAAAUAAAGCCUUCAUUCAA